UUUAGAAAUACAUUAUUAGUAAUUUGGAGUUAAAAAUGUACUCCUUGCUUUUAAAUGAUCAACAAACAAAUGUUGCACAGUUAAAUCUUUUUACAAUGUAUUUCAAAAUAAUCUUAGUGUUAAUAUAAGUGGGUUAGAGAAAAAAGUUAAUAAGUUUAUGUGUUUUUUUUUUACAACUUCUGGAUGAUGCAUUUGUCUGAGGAUUUAUACUGAGACAAUUUUGAGAUUGUAAACACAAUACAUCUUGUUAUAAGAGAGAUUUAAUAAAAACUUAAAAAUGUGGUGUAUCUCGUGUCGCUUCUGUAAGCAAAUGCUGGCAAACAAUAUUAAAACAGUCAGGACAAUCUCGGUGGCUGCUAAUGUUAAUAAGAGCAAUGAGUUGGUGCUCCUGGGUCAGAAAUAUACAACAGAUGACUGGACAAAUGUCACGCCGAACAUUAUCGCUAAAUUGGGAAGAAAUUUACACAUUCAGCAACACCAUCCGCUUUCACUUUUACGUCAGCGUAUUGUGAAUUAUUUUUAUGGACAGUUUCGCAGUAAAAGCGGAACUCCGUCGUUCAGUGUCUACGACAAUAUGUGUCCCAUAGUUACGGUCGCGCAGAACUUCGACUCCCUUUUGGUGCCAAAGGAUCAUCCGAGUAGGAAGAAAACCGAUUGUUAUUUUGUAAAUCAGGACACGUUGCUAAGAGCGCAUACCACCGCGCACCAAGCGGAGCUGAUCUCGAUGGGAUUGAAUAAUUUCCUCGUCAUCGGGGACGUGUACAGACGUGAUGAGAUUGAUAGUACGCACUACCCGAUCUUCCAUCAGGUUGACGCGGUCAGAUUGCGUACGUCGCGGGAGAUAUUUCGCGAUGUGAACGAUUCUGAAAGUCUGAAGUUGUUCGAGCACAGAGGGACAGAGAGUCCUGAGCAGCAGGCCUGUCAUAGUUUAGAAGCGGUGAAAAUGAUGGAACAGGAACUGAAAAGUACCCUGACUAGUCUAGCGCAAGCUAUCUUUGGGAAAGAUGUGCAAUGCCGAUGGGUUGAUCAAUACUUCCCGUUCACUCAUCCAUCAUGGGAGCUAGAAAUAUUAUACAAUGACAACUGGCUCGAGAUACUAGGCUGCGGUGUCAUGCGCCAGGAAAUUCUACAGAGAUCCGGUGUCGUAGAUCGGAUCGGAUGGGCGUUCGGACUCGGCUUGGAACGUCUGGCUAUGCGUCUGUAUGAUAUUCCAGACAUACGAUUAUUUUGGAGCAACGAUGAGGGUUUCCUGCAUCAAUUCAAAGUAGAUGAUCCUAAUGCGCGUAUCCAAUACAAGCCCAUCAGUGUAUAUCCACCUUGCACUAAUGACAUAAGUUUCUGGUUGCCGGAAGACGGAAGUUACUCUUCUCACGACUUCUAUGAUAUAGUUAGAGAAAUAGCUGGUGAUAUUAUUGAACAAAUUUCAUUGAAGGACGAAUUCACGCAUCCAAAGACUAAAAAAAUGUCUCAUUGCUACAGCAUAGUGUACAGACAUAUGGAGCGCACAUUAACUAAAAGGCAAGUCAAUGAAAUUCAUCAUCAAAUUCAAAAAAUGGCAGCCGCUAAACUUAAUGUAAUUAUUCGAUAGUUAUAAAUAAAAUCUAUAAAUAAAAUUUUCCUAACAUAAAAAAUAUUUUUAUGUAUAAUCUCAAUAGAUACCUCAGUAAAAUGUGAAUUUGUAUAAACAAUGCAGAUAAUACAGGAAAA